UGAACUAUGGGCCUCAAUGAGGUAUUUCUUACAGCUAAAACGAAUGAAGGAAUAUAAUUUAGAAAGCUGAAGGAUAAUUACUAGAAUUCAAUGGCUGACGAAGAAAGACUACAGCGUAUUAAAGCUGGAGCAUUUUUAGCAUCAGUUGCUGGAAUUUCUGCAUUUGUAGGAUUUGGAACUACAUUGGCAGCAGCCAAAAAAGCUGAUCCAAAAUACUUCAAUAAAGGAGUACAUGGCAGUGUUGAAUUAGCAGAUACAGGUGCAUUGCUGGCACUAAGAGCACUUGGUUGGGGCACACUCUAUGCCAUUGGUGGUACAACUUGUUUUUGCUACGGUAUAUGGAAAUUAUCAGGUGCCAAAAAUCUGAAAGAGUUCAGAAUUAAAAUGGGAAAUUUUCUACCAGUUAUACCUAAAAAUAAUCCACCACAAUCUAGAACAGAAUUCAGCGGAAUGAAUGACCUGAUGAAAUAUUUGUCUGAAGAAUAUGGAAAUAAAAAAAUGCAAGAUGUUACAGAGAAAUAAAUA